ACCAACGUGAAAGAACAGGUGUUACAGAGAAGUAAAAAGAACAUCAACUAUAAUCAUUUUAGAAAACUUUAAGUAGUCCACUGCACAGCAUUCCACUAGGAUUACACAGAGAAGUCAGAAAACACCUGCACAGCACUUUUUUUUCAGUGGGAAAGGAAUUGUAAUAUUUUGCUGCUAACCAUGUAUAAGAAACCUGCUGCUGAUGUAUCUAUUGUCUCCAAAGACAGUUAUCUAUCCAGGAAAUCACACGGCAUGUUGCCCUCAACUGACUACAAACAAGCUGACAAGAGAGAAAAAGUGGUGCUAAAGAAAAAAGUUACUUUGUUGAGAGGCAUCUCAAUAAUAAUUGGAACUAUAAUUGGUGCUGGGAUCUUUAUCUCUCCCAAAGGAAUCCUACAACACACUGGGAGUGUAGGAAUGUCUCUAAUUGUCUGGACAGCCUGUGGUAUUAUUUCACUAUUUGGUGCUCUUUGCUAUGCUGAGCUUGGAACAUGCAUUAAGAAAUCUGGAGGCCACUAUACAUAUAUUCUGGAGGCUUUUGGCCCUUUGCCUGCAUUUGUGAGAGUGUGGGUUGAACUACUGGUAAUUCGACCAGCUGCUACUGCAGUGAUAUCACUAGCAUUUGGCCGCUAUAUCCUGGAGCCUUUCUUUAUACAAUGUGAAAUACCUGAACUAGCUAUCAAGUUAGUUACUGCUUUGGGAAUAACUGUGGUAAUGGUCCUGAACAGUAUGAGCGUCAGCUGGAGUGCUCGAAUCCAGAUUUUUUUGACCUUUUGCAAGCUCAUAGCAAUUCUGAUAAUUAUAGUCCCUGGAGUCAUGCAGUUAAUUAAAGGAGAGACGCAGAACUUCAAAGAUGCCUUUGUUGGAAAAGAUGUUAGUGUUAUAGGGUUACCCCUGGCUUUUUACUCUGGGAUGUAUGCCUACGCUGGCUGGUUUUACCUCAAUUUUGUAACUGAAGAAGUAGAAAAUCCUGAAAAAAAUAUACCUCUUGCGAUAUGCAUAUCAAUGGCGAUUGUAACUGUUGGUUAUGUACUAACAAACGUGGCUUACUUUACGACGAUUACGGCAGAAGAAUUGUUACUCUCUAAUGCUGUUGCUGUGACAUUUGCAGAGCGGCUACUGGGGAAGUUUUCCCUUGCAGUGCCAAUAUUUGUGGCCUUAUCAUGCUUUGGCUCAAUGAAUGGUGGUGUUUUUGCUGUAUCUAGAAUGUUUUAUGUUGCAUCCCGAGAGGGUCACCUUCCAGAAAUUCUCUCUAUGAUUCAUGUCCGUAAGCACACUCCUCUGCCAGCUGUCUUUGUUUUGCUUCCUUUAACAUUGAUAAUGCUCUUCACUGGGGAUAUCUACAGCCUCCUGAAUUUUCUUAGUUUUGCAAGGUGGCUUUUUAUUGGCUUGGCUGUUGUUGGACUCAUUUAUCUAAGAUACAAACGACCUGAGAUGCAUCGCCCUUUCAAGGUACCUAUAUUUAUACCAGCAUUGUUUUCCUUCACCUGUCUAUUCAUGGUUGCCUUGUCGCUUUAUUCUGACCCCAUUAACACUGGAAUUGGUUUUGCAAUUACACUGACUGGCGUCCCUGCUUACUACAUCUUUGUUAUAUGGGACAACAAGCCUAAAUUCUUCAGAUUAUUCUCAGACAAACUAACCAGACUACUGCAGAUUCUCCUGGAAGUUGUCCCAACUGAUGAGAACAUUUCUUGAGAAGCAUUGAGACAAAAACACACAUUUAUUUGUUUUAAUGGAAAUGCAAAUAUUGUAGCUGGAUUUUUAAAGUAUGUGUAUAUAGUUUUGCUCUUGAUAUUGAGAAUAGAUACAGAUGUAUCAAGUGUAUUGUAUUUCUUAUGAUACUCAUAGGAACUUUAUUUCAGCUGCUAUUUUAUUUAUUCCAUAGAACUUUUAUAUGAAUAAUGCACCAUGCAAACUGUUCAUGAUCUCUCUUGUGUGGGAAAGCUAAAAAUAAUUAAUAACAUAUUCAUUGUUUUAAAGGGCCAUUCGAGUUGAAAAAUAACACGCUCUAGUCAUUUUAACACACAAAAGGGUUAAACACACAAAUAAGUACAACUCUUGACAGGCAGAACACUGUUGGUCUCAUGCAGAAACUGAUGCUUAUACAAUCAGCGCUAGUUGCACAACUCAGCUAUGUAACUAGAACUGCCGAUUUAAUCAGAGUCAGUUUCUGCUCGGUACGAGCAGUGCUCUGUGAGUCUCAAGAGGUACUUCUACUGUGUGUUUAACUGCUUUGUAGGGGAUAAAAACAUAGUAGAGCAGAGUCAAUAGUCUUAAAAUUACAUGCUAUAACAAAUUACAGGAUUAUAAUGUCCUUUAAUUCCAGGGUUUAUUUUUUCAGAACCCUGAAUAACUGUUCAACUAUACAAUAGUUUUUUUAGAAAUUGUCAAAUUAGUAUCUGUUAAGUAACUAGAUCCACUGAUGCACAUUUAUAAAACCAUAAAUACAUUUAAAUCCUGAUAUGGGAAUAUACUAACCAUGCUCUGUGCCAUUCAAAAAUCAUAUGUUUGUACUAUAUUUAACACAGUAACAGUAACCUUUGGGAUGCAAAUAUUUUCAUAUUAGUGAUAAAUUUAAAGUCCUGUAAGACAUUAGUGGGUCCAAGGAUAUGUAUGCUCGGUCAAUAAAUACAUCUUUUUUAAUAAUAGAAAAACACAAGGUGCCCUGUUUGUUAUGUUUCAUAGUUUGCAUCCUUUUAUUUCUGAUAUUUUUGUGGUUUCCUUAUUAUUUUUUAUGUUUGUUUGUUUUUAAAUCAUGAAAUAAAAACACAAAUGUAUUCUGCAUCUUACUGUGGAGUACUGGACCUCAGAGGUGGCAAAUGAGAAUUUUUACUUUAAGCAUCAUUUGAUUAUUGUGCACAAACUGACUGAUCCACAAAAUAUUGGUGCAUGGGCCAAAAAAUGCUUGAAACUAUAAAAAAGGGUAAAAACUUAAGAUAGUUACAAAUUAUUUUGUGUGCCAUUUUCAAUAAAUAUUAAUAUAUAUUUAUCACAACA